AUGCAAAAGGGAGACAUACUGGGUAUUAAAAAAUUUAUUGGGUUUUUUUUAUAUACAUCUUUUAAAAAAAAGUUAUUUAUGAAAUUUUUAAGGCCAAUUAUAUUUAACUUAAUAUAUAAAUCUAAAAACGUAAGUAAUAUUUGCAAUAUAAAUUUCAUAUCAUCUAAAAAGGUUUUAUUUAUUCAAAUUAAAAUUGCGCUUUUUAUGGCUACUACCGUACCUGAGGGUGAUACGACGGGGUGCUAA